AUUUUCUGCUAUGAUGUCAAACUUUUCCUGUUCGGUCAUUUUCCGGAUCAAUCGCUGAGCGAGAGUCUCCAUAUCCGUCAAGAAAGCGCUAAAUAACUUAUUAGGCCGUUGUUUUCUGUUUCUCAUUUCUUCCCUGACGAAUCGAUCCCGAUUUGGGUUAUCGUAUCGCAUGCGAAGAUAGUAUAGCAACGUGUUCCAGGAAUCGAACUUUGGUUCAUACGCCGUAUACCAUAUCGAUGCAUCAUCCUUGAACAGGAGAUGUGCGUGAGUCCUCAACUCGUCUUCACUGAUUUGAUACGACCGACACAGUAGUUCGAGUUGGCGAAGAAAAUCGACAACUGGAACAGGAUUGGUAUCCCCGCCAAACUUAGGCCAUUUCUCCAUUAUAUUGCAGGUUUGAUGAGGCAAUCUUGAUCUCAGGUUCACGUUGUUCGGUCCAAUUCCAGAGGUUGGACCUGGGCUCUGCGAGGGCCGUGUGUUGAACAUACCUUGGUUCCCUUGGGCAUGAGACUGAGGACUUCGAACAUUCGGUUGGUCCGGAAUAAAAGAUUGGGGGAAGGAGUUACGCCGAUAAUCUGGAAAGCCUGUCGCAGGUGGAUUCACAUCUGAUUCUCUAUUUACAGUUAUACGAUCCCGACCCAAUCCGGAAAAGGGCUGCUGGAGAGCUGCUGUUGGAGUGUUCCGUGGUUCCAUUCCACCGCUUGUCAUGGGAUGUCCUUCUCGAGAGAUCCUGGCCAUCUCGGAAUCUCUAAUACCCAUGUCCGCAACCUGGCUCGCCAAGUGGUUAACCAUGGUGUCUCGCAUUACAUUCCGGUUCAAAUUCUGCAUCAACACCUGUCGCACGAGUCGGAGGUGGAUUCCGCGGGCAGCUCACUCUUUCAGCUUCUUUCGGUAUGGCGUAGGAAGAAUUUGGUCGAGUAUUAUCCGGAUGCAAACCUGGGGAGAAUCCCGUCGCAACUUGAGCUGGUCGCUGGAGUGUGGCGCCCGAUAAUGGCGGGCUCAAUGAUCGGUAUGCUACUGGAACCGUAUUUCGCAGUAAACUCACUGGAGGUGGUACCGGUAUCCCUCCUGCCCUGGACCAGGGAUCUCCUGAUGAACUUAUCAAACGCGGCUCAGUAUGCAGUGUGGCUGUCCAUGGAGUUGGCCCUUCUCGAACCGCACCCGAUGUCGAGACCAACCCUUGCCGUUGGUUACUCGAUUCAUGAGGGUCUUGCGGAUUGAUUUGAAACGGCCUGCUGGUACCUUCGAGGGAGAACGUCCUCCGCUCUGCUGCUUCCAUUUCCUCCCGCAAACUACGCGGUUGUACCAUCUGACUGUCUAUGGACCUUCCUGAUAGCCUGCGCUCCGGGGGAAGAAGUGAUCAUUCCAGAAUUUGUUUGGCGAUGGCUAGACAUUGGGCACGUAUGUCGUCUGGAUCUUGCGUACCGCCUACCGCACCCUGCUCUUCAUCAGCCCCCUCAAACUGUUGCGUCAAAGACUUCCGGGCUCCCUCCAUCCGGUUGUCAACAGAGGCUGCAUCCAACGCUGCAUCCAAUGAAACGAAAUCCAACUGGAAAUAUUGAGAUCCCAUCCUUCGAAUUAUAUCCAGCAUCACCUUCCUGUUUUCUUGCUCCUGAAGAUUCGUUACUCUUCCUCGUCUAAUCCGUCUAUAGUAGUGAAUUAACCGGGACCGGCCACCGGCCGAACGUCCGGCGAGAAGGUCGGUCUCCAGAUCUCGUAAAUUAUUGGUAGUCGCCUGAUAUUCAUCAGAUAUGGUCCUUUCGGUAUCGUAUUCUACGUUUCGUUCACUUCUUAACCAAUUUCGUAACACUCGUCUGCCAUCCGAACCACUAUCACCAUCAAUUUGACGUAGGUUUAAUUCAUAUUCCACUUCAUCAUCUCGCAAAUCAUUUUCGAUUAUAUAAAAAUGUUCCAUUAUGAAAAAAAAAAUGAAAAUAAUAAAAGAAUACCAAUUCAACGUAAAAAUGACUUAAUCUAACCUAUUCUAUUUGAUGGGACAGCACAAAAGAAAAUAAACGGUAUUGAAGAAUCAAAAUUAAUGCUAAACUAAUCCGAGAAACCAAAAAUCCAAUUACAUUACAAAUUCUACUCAAAUUUCAAAUGCAACCAACUAUUCGAAUAAAAUCAAAGUUAUACAAGGAAUCCGAACCAAACAAUCCUCAGCCCCACGUUGGGCGCCAAAUGUAACGGGUGAAUUUUGCUCUUAACCAUUCGCAGCUUAAGCGCCACUUCCGUCAAUGGAAGGCUACGAACGUAAAUUUUAGUCCGGCUAGAGACUCUCUCCCGAAGGCGGGUCUGUCGUUCGGCUCAAACACCUACGUUCUUUUGAUCACCCCCCGAAAAGACUCUGAAGAUUAAAGAUCCGACUAAGGUUAAUAGAGGUGAAAAUAGCCAAAUAAAAUCAACAUCAACUAGAUUAACGAACCGUCAUUUCAAAAAAAGAUUGUAUCCGCCGACGGAUUAGUAAUACGUACGACCAGAAUUUCGAUGCAUCUACAUGUAUUCUUCUCUCUGGUUUCCUCCUAACCUGUCCCGGGACUAAAGAUGGGCCCUAUUUCUUAAGCUAGGUACAUUAGUUAGAUCUGACCUGGAUUAUAUGGUGCGUUGACUCCUGCAGCGCUGGAACAACCCUUCUCCUCGCUACGGUACUUUGACGGGGUCCCUCGUGGUUCAAUACCCAGAGGACGCCACGAGCCACGUGGUUGGUGUUUGGGCUACUCGUGGUCUUCGUGGGCGGUGUAAUAACGUGUUACGUGGGGUAACUGGAUAAUGGCGUUGUUCGUGGAGAUCUACUGUGAUCCAUGCACUGUUUAGUUAGGACACCGUCUCAGAUCACAGAGGGUGGUGUUACCCCGUAACCGUGGGCGAGGUGGAAGAUUAAGGCCCACAACACGUUUUUCCACCAAGGGGCUCACCAAUGCUCUCGAAGCUCUCGUGGUUUGGUGGAUUUACCAAACCCCAACCAAAAACCCACGGAAGCGCGGGUUGGUAACCUUCAAAUCCUAUUGCUGUCGUGAACACUCUUCUCUGCCUACUUCUAUUUUUAAUGAAAGUAUACGGCGU